AUGCUGGAAUCUGCUUCAGAAAGAGAAGAGGCUCACCAAGGUUUACUCUCAUUAAACUUAAGACCAACAUCAAGAGCCCUGUUGACCUCUGAUGGUAUCCUAUUGAAAUCACAAAAUAAUUCAUGUUAUCCGAUAUCCCAUGCUACCGCAAUGGCUUCCGAGCAACAAUAUAAUGGUACUGAUCCAGAUCAAACCAUAUUGGAAAGUAAAUUGGAUCCUAAUAACAUAUUGAGUCGUGCAAAUGAUACUAUGGAUAACCCAGACUCAAACCAUAGUACGUCAGUGCUCUCUUUAUUGAGUUGUAUAUCAUGUAUAGACUCUCCAACGGAUUCACAUGGAUCUCUUUUACCUAUAAAUACCACAAUACCAUAUGCAAGAAUAUUAAAUGCAAAAUAUAUAGGUCCCUCAGAGGCUAAAACAAAUAAUAACGAUACUUAUAGAUUAGGUUAUCAAGGUCAAUCAUCACUGUCAUCAUCAUCAUUAUCUCCAGAUCCCAAACAACAACAGAAAACAACCACGAAAGAUGUACAACCCGAUAAUCCCUUUUCAAACGAAGAAACAUUAUCUGUAUCAUCCGUCAUAUUAAAAUCUCAAAAUUCAUCCAUGCAAUUCUUAACUGAUAACCAAUAUAUGAUUGAAUUAUCAUUCGUUAUACCCAUAGAGGAAAAUUUAAUCCCAAAAAAGAUUAACCUUAUAAUAGAUUAUCUUCCAAGUUUCCCCUCAUCCAAUGAUUUGGUUCAAGAAAUUAUGAAUAGAAGUUACAAAAAUGUGUCUCAACAAAGGUCUAUUUUAAUAAUAAUUAACCCACACGGUGGUAAAGGGAAAGCCUCGAAACUUUUCAAUAAAUGGUCCAAACCAAUCCUCUCCACAUCAAAUUGUAAAUUCGAAAUCAUAAAUACAACAUAUUCAUCUCAUGCAACUGAUAUUGCAAAAUCAUUAGACAUCUCUAAAUAUGAUAUAAUAGCUUGUGCAUCAGGUGAUGGGAUCCCCUACGAAGUAAUUAAUGGCCUUUAUCAACGUCCUGAUAGAGUUGAUGCAUUUAACAAAUUAACCAUUACACAAAUCCCAUGUGGAUCAGGAAAUGCAAUGAGUAUUUCAUGUCAUUGGACUGAUAACACUUCACAUGCAACAUUAUGUCUCUUAAAAUCAAUUGAAAAAAGAAUAGAUUUAAUGUGUUGUUCUCAACCGUCUUAUGCAAACCAAUCUCCACGUUUAUCUUUCCUCUCUCAAACGUUUGGUGUCAUCGCGGAAUCUGAUAUCAAUACAGAAUUUAUUAGAUGGAUGGGACCCGUAAGGUUUGAACUAGGUGUGGCAUAUAACGUCAUACAGGGGAAAAGAUACCCCUGUGAUAUUUUCGUUAAAUACGCUACAAAAUCUAAAGAUGAAUUGAAAUCUCAUUAUAUAAAACAUAAAUUGAAAAAUAAUUGUGAAAAUGAAGAAUUGCAUUUUGAUCGUAAUAACAAAUCACAAGCGUCAUUACGGUCACUUGAUAAACAAGUCGCUUCUUCAUCAUCAUCACCAUUUAAUGACACUGAACAUAUUGUCACUGAACAAGAUUUCAUAGUAAAAUAUCCAUUAGAUAAGGGCGUCCCUGAUGAUUGGGAAAAAUUAAAUCCACAAAUUACUGACAAUUUAAAUAUUUUCUAUACGGGGAAAAUGCCAUACAUAUCAGCAGAUACAAAAUUCUUCCCCGCCGCGUUACCUAACGAUGGAACUUUUGAUUUAAUUAUUACUGACAUUUCCACUCCGCUAACAAAAAUUACUCCUAUUUUAUUAUCAUUGGAUAAAGGUGCUCAUGUGUUACAUCCUGAAGUUAUUCAUUCAAAGAUUAUCGCAUAUAAAAUGAUCCCAAAGAUAAAAGAUAGUGUAAUCUCAGUGGAUGGUGAGAGGUUCCCCGUGGAACCAAUCCAAGUGGAAAUUAUGCCCAAUUUAUGUAAAACUCUUUUGAGAAAUGGAUCUUAUGUGGAUUCCAAAUUCGAUCUCAUGUAG